AUGGAUAUAGCUCAAAUGCGAGCUCUUAUAAGGCCUGUAUUAUUUGAUUUUGUGAGUGACCCUGUAGAAAACUUCAAACAUGCCAAAAAUCCUAUAGUUAACUAUCAAGAUCCGAACUUGAAUGUGUCAAUCCCUGUAUUUUCCAUCCAUGGUAAUCAUGAUGACCCAUCAGGCAUGGGUCAGUUUUGUGCCUUGGAGAUGCUGUCAACAGCUGGUCUUGUUAAUUACUUUGGUCGCACCACAGAUCUUAAUGAAAUCAGUAUAUCACCAAUUUUGCUGGAGAAAGGACGAACCAAAUUGGCCUUGUAUGUUCUUUCAUCAGUUAAGGAUGAGAGAUUGUUUAGAUUGUUUGGAAAUGACAAGGUUAAGAUGCUUCGGCCUGUGGAAGCCAUGGAUGACUGGUUUAAUGUCUUUGUUUUACACCAGAAUCACACUAAGCAUGGUAUGACUAAUUAUAUACCAGAGUCCUUUUUGGACCCAUUUCUCGAUCUUGUUAUUUGGGGCCAUGAACAUGAAUGCCUCAUUGAUCCUCGCCAGAGUGCUGAUGAUUCAUUCUUUGUUGUGCAACCAGGCAGUUCAGUUGCAACAUCUCUAUGUGCUGGUGAAUCUGCGGAAAAACACGUUGCCAUCUUAGAAGUGACUCAUGACAAAAAAUUCAAAGUGGAUAAGUAUAAGUUGAAGACAGUGAGGCCCUUUGUUUUUGAGGACCUGAAUUUAGGGGACCAUGGACUUGGUGAAAAAGGUGAAAUUGUUGUGAAACGUUUUGUUGAAAAUCACGUUCGGGAGAUGUUGAAGAAAGCUGAAGGACUACUCACAGGUCAUCCUCGGCAACCCAAAAAACCUUUGAUAAGAUUGAGAGUUGAAUAUAGUCAUGAAGAUCAAAUGUUUAACACAGUUAUUGGUCAUAUGUUUGAAGAGCUUUUGGCCAACCCUAAUGACAUGAUCCUGUUCAAGAAAGAAGUCCAGCAGAAGAAGAAGAAGGUUGAAAGUGGUGUAGAUGAUGAGAACAUGGAUGCCUUAUUUGAAGUGACAACUAGAGUGGAAGACCUUGUGAAGAAGUACUUUGAUGAAAUGGAAGAUGAUAAUCGGCAGCUGUCUCUUUUAACUGAGAGAGGUUUGGCUCUUAGUGUCCAAUCUUACAUUGAAAAGGAGGAUAGCAGUGCAUUAGUUGAUAUUGUCAAGCAUCAAAUCAAAAAGACCCGGAAAUACCUAAUAGAAGCAGAUGUGGAACCAGAGGAUGAACAAGUACUUCAAAAGAUUCAAGAAUACAGAGAUGAACGUUUACGGAGGAAGAGAGCAGAGGAAUUAGAAGAUGAGGCAGCAGCUGUGCUUAAUGACCCCAAUAGGACACGCUCUAAACAUCGUAUAGACAGUGAUGAUGAUGAUGAUGAAAUUAUAUUUGAUGCUGAAAUGGGUGACAGCUCAUCAAAACCAACAAGGGGUCGUGGAUCCCAGAGGGGCCGUGCCAGAGGCCGUGGCUCAAGAGCUGCUUCCUCCUCAGGGUACCAGGCUGGCUCUAGCAGAGCAUCAAGUGCAAAAGGACAGCUUGAAAUGUCUAGUAUUGGUUCUCCUAGAAAGGCAGGGGUGCAUCACAGCGAGGAGGACGAGGAAGAGGGCAAACUGCUGUGGUUUAGGUUGCAGUCCAGUGAUUGUUACUUGUCAGUAAGAGUGGAUUUAUUUGUAUCUUUGUUGCAAUAGCUAAGCAUAACACCAUAUACGUAUUCUUAUGUCUGAUUUAGUGCAAUAAGAAUUUUACUAACAAACUGAUUAGUGGUACAAAGUAAAUUUUUAUAUCAUCUCAUUUAAGAUUGUAAACUGCUAAGAAGGUUAACUUUUUUUUUUAAUUCUUUUCAAACCUUUUGAAUUGAUGUAAAUUAUACUUAGUAUUAUUGUAUUAUUAAAGUACAAAUUAGUAACUAUAAAGUAGUUAUGCAAUAGUAGAAUGUAGACAAAGUAGAUGGUGAUCUCCAAGUAACAUGGUUUGUCUUGGAGCAGUUAUUGGGCUUUGGUCUGUAAAGAUAUCUAUUCUAACUCUGGUGUAAUAUUUGCAUCUAGUUUUUUUAUUUAGUGUGUUAGUUUUUUAAUUUCUGAUAAAUUUGAACAUAAUCUCACAACUGGAAGAUGAUACAUAUUUUUAUUGUUUGUGACUAAACAAUUUUUAUGAUGGUGAUAUAAGUUUAUUUUAUAUUGAAUCAGAAUUAUUUAGUGUUUUGGUAACAUGUAACUCUUGUUCACCUGUGGUAAAUUUAUCUUCCUGUUGAAAUGUAUAUGGUAGCGAAAAAGUACUUCGCAUUUGAUUAAUUCUGUGUGGAAUGUUCAAAGAUAAUACAUGGUUAAUUCAGUAAGAGCCAUAUUAAUUUAGUUUCCUUCCACUGUUAAUUGUCUAUAGUAAACAAGUUUCCACACUGAUUGAAUGUCAUAAAUUAUAGAGAGUAAUUUGGGAUUUCUAUUUGCAAUAAGAUACCUUGUCUUGGAGUUGUUUUAACAUUUUCUGGUUUCAUAUCGAGUUUUGUAACUGGUAAUUCUUCAAGAAAUGUCAUCUAGUUUUGGGGAAAUAAGGAAGAUUCACUUUCAUUUUAUGGAAAUUCAAUUCAAAUAAAAACAC